AUGGGGAGGGCCGGCGCCGCGGCCAACGGCACCCCGCAGAACGUCCAGGGCAUCACCUCCUACCAGCAGCGAAUAACUGCCCAGCAUCCUCUGCCCAACCAAUCAGAAUGUAGGAAAAUCUACAGAUAUGACGGAAUCUACUGUGAAUCUACCUACCAGAAUUUACAAGCACUGAGAAAGGAGAAAUCCCGAGAUGCUGCUCGCUCCCGCCGGGGAAAAGAAAAUUUUGAGUUCUAUGAAUUGGCCAAGUUGUUGCCUCUUCCUGCAGCCAUCACUAGCCAGCUUGACAAGGCAUCCAUCAUUCGACUUACAAUUAGCUAUCUGAAAAUGAGGGACUUUGCUAACCAAGGGGACCCUCCGUGGAACUUGCGAAUGGAAGGCCCUCCACCUAACACAUCAGUAAAAGGUGCACAACGAAGGAGAAGCCCCAGUGCACUGGCCAUUGAAGUAUUUGAAGCACAUUUGGGAAGUCACAUUUUGCAGUCCCUGGAUGGCUUUGUAUUUGCACUAAAUCAAGAAGGAAAAUUUUUGUACAUUUCUGAAACCGUCUCCAUCUACCUAGGCCUCUCACAAGUGGAGCUGACAGGCAGUAGCGUCUUUGACUAUGUCCACCCGGGGGACCACGUGGAGAUGGCAGAGCAGCUGGGCAUGAAGCUCCCGCCCGGGCGGGGUCUCCUCUCGCAGGGCACUGCUGAGGACGGAGCCAGCUCCGCAUCAUCCUCCUCACAGUCGGAGACCCCUGAGCCAGUGGAGUCAACCAGCCCCAGUCUGCUAACCACUGACAACACCCUUGAGCGUUCCUUUUUCAUCCGAAUGAAAUCUACUCUGACCAAACGCGGAGUGCACAUCAAAUCAUCAGGAUAUAAGGUGAUUCACAUAACAGGCCGGCUACGACUGAGGGUGUCCCUAUCCCACGGGAGGACCGUUCCCAGCCAAAUCAUGGGUCUUGUGGUUGUGGCUCAUGCCUUGCCUCCCCCUACGAUCAACGAAGUCAGAAUUGAUUGCCAUAUGUUCGUCACUCGAGUAAAUAUGGACCUCAAUAUCAUUUACUGUGAAAAUAGGAUCAGCGAUUAUAUGGAUCUGACCCCUGUAGACAUUGUAGGGAAGAGAUGCUACCACUUCAUCCACGCUGAAGAUGUCGAGGGCAUCAGGCACAGUCACUUGGACCUGCUGAAUAAGGGCCAGUGUGUGACCAAGUACUAUCGCUGGAUGCAGAAGAAUGGAGGAUAUAUUUGGAUACAAUCCAGUGCCACCAUAGCUAUUAACGCCAAGAACGCAAAUGAGAAGAAUAUCAUCUGGGUGAAUUAUCUUCUUAGUAAUCCCGAGUACAAGGACACACCCAUGGAUAUCGCACAGCUCCCCCACCUGCCAGAGAAGACUUCGGAAUCUUCGGAGACGUCCGACUCUGAAUCAGACUCUAAAGAUACCUCAGGUAUUACAGAGGACAACGAGAAUUCCAAGUCCGAUGAGAAGGGUAAUCAGUCCGAGAACAGCGAAGACCCGGACCCCGACCGGAAGAAGUCGGGCAACGCGUGCGACAACGACAUGAACUGCAACGAGGAUGGCCACAGCUCCAGCAACCCGGACAGCCGCGACAGCGACGACAGCUUCGAGCACUCGGACUUUGAGAACCCCAAGGCUGGCGAGGACGGCUUCGGCGCGCUGGGCCCCAUGCAGAUCAAGGUGGAGCGCUACGUGGAGAGCGAGUCGGACCUGCGGCUGCAGAACUGCGAGUCGCUCACGUCCGACAGCGCCAAGGACUCGGACAGCGCGGGCGAGGCGGGCGCGCAGGCCUCCAGCAAGCACCAGAAGCGCAAGAAGAGGCGGAAACGGCAGAAGGGCGGCAGCGCCAGCCGCCGGCGCCUGUCCAGCGCGUCGAGCCCUGGCGGCCUGGACGCGGGCCUCGUGGAGCCCCCGCGGCUGCUGUCGUCCCCCAACAGUGCCUCGGUGCUCAAGAUCAAGACGGAGAUCUCGGAACCCAUCAACUUCGACAACGACAGCAGCAUCUGGAACUACCCGCCCAACCGGGAGAUCUCCAGGAACGAGUCUCCCUACAGCAUGACCAAGCCCCCCAGCUCCGAGCACUUCCCGUCCCCGCAGGGCGGCGGGGGCGGCGGGGGGCUGCACGUGGCCAUCCCCGACUCGGUCCUCACCCCGCCGGGCGCCGACGGCGCCGCCGCCCGCAAGACUCAGUUCGGCGCCUCGGCCAACGCCGCCUUGGCCCCCGUCGCCUCCGACCCGCUCUCGCCCCCGCUCUCGGCGUCCCCGCGGGACAAGCACCCCGGCGGGGGCGGCGGCGGCGGCAGCGGGGGUGGGGGCGGCGGCGGCAGCGGCCCCAGCGCGUCCAAUUCCUUGCUGUACACUGGGGACCUGGAGGCGCUGCAGAGGUUGCAGGCGGGCAACGUCGUGCUCCCGCUGGUGCACAGGGUGACGGGGACCCUGGCCGCCACCAGCACGGCCGCGCAGAGGGUCUACACCACCGGCACCAUCCGCUACGCGCCCGCAGAGGUGACCCUGGCCAUGCAGGGCAACCUGCUGCCCAACGCGCACGCUGUUAACUUCGUGGACGUUAACAGCCCCGGCUUCGGCCUCGACCCCAAGACGCCCAUGGAGAUGCUCUACCACCACGUGCACCGGCUCAACAUGUCAGGACCCUUCGGCGGCGCCGUGAGCGCCGCCAGCCUGACGCAGAUGCCCGCCGGCAACGUGUUCACCACGGCCGAGGGACUCUUCUCCACGCUGCCCUUCCCCGUCUAUAGCAACGGCAUCCACGCGGCACAGACUCUGGAGCGCAAGGAGGACUGA